ACUAAAAAUAGAUACAAAAUGAGAUGUGUGUUGUUGUUUUAAAAUUAUGAUUUGUAAGCGCAUGUCAUUCUCCAAAAUCUCGCUUUUGAGGGUUGGGAGAGAGUAGAAGAGAAAUAUCAAAUUUCCCUUCAAAAAAACCCUCUCAAGUUUUUUCUUGGAUGUCACAUGUUUCAUGUGGAACAAGGCAGUUCUGUUUUUAAGUAAAAGUCAUGGCGACAGAUUCGUUCAUCAAGUUAAAUCCAAUUUCCAUUAACCGUCCCCGCUUCAACCUCAGAGAGUUUGCUGGCAUAAGUCCUAAAAGCAUCUCUUCUUUGUGCUGCAUUAGCCCAAGAAUGAUAUCUUGCAACCAUUUCAGCCCGAGAACAUUGAUCUCCGGCGAGAAUGAUAUCAUAUUGUUUCCCAAGAAAAAGAUCCCCGCGUUUGUCCGAUGUCAGACAAGUCUUGGGAUUGGAAGGAACCAAAAAUGGUGGGAGAAGGAACUGCAACCGAACAUGAAGUCGGUGACAUCACCGGAAGAUCUUGUCGGUUCUUUACGUAACGCCGGAGAUAAACUUUUCGUUGUGGAUUUCUUCUCACCUAGCUGUGGUGGCUGCAAAGCUCUUCAUCCCAAGAUAUGUAAAAUUGCAGAGAAGAAUCCGGAAGUAGAGUUUCUACAAGUGAAUUAUGAAGACCAUAGAAGUUUAUGUCAAAGUCUUAACGUUCAUGUUCUUCCCUUCUUCCGCUUCUACCGCGGUUCCUCAGGCCGCGUUUGCAGCUUCAGUUGUACUAAUGCCACGAUAAAGAAAUUCAAGGAGGCAUUAGAGAAGCAUGGGAGGGAGCAAUGUAGCAUUGGAGAAACAAAGGGGCUUGAGGAGAAAGAACUUGUCGCCAUGGCUGCAAAUAAAGACCUAUCGUUCGAUUAUAAAUCCAAAUCGAUUGGAAAUAGCCAAGAGCAAAAAGAAAAAGAUAUAUUUCUCCCAAAAUCUCCAACUUCGAAUAAACAAAAAGAAGUAGAACAUUCUCUACUAGUUAGUUCUGCAUGAAUGGUCUAGCGUUGUUGUUUUAUUUGCGUAAGAGACACAAUCUAGAGUAGUCGUCUGCAUAUGUGUAAUAAUGUAAUGCAGGUUCAUUUGGGGAAGGAAUUACCAUUGUGUUAAAGUUUGUUGUUUAUGUAAAUGAAGAUAGACUCGUAUGUAUAAUAUUUUAUCAGCGUGUAAUCUCAUUAUUAAUAAUAAAACUAAUGUAUGUUGUCAUGUUAUUGGAAAGAAAAGAGUAGCGUAACACUAACACAUGGCCAAUUUAUACGUGUCGAAUUUACAUGACAUUGUGAGAUGUGAUAUUUCAGACAAAGUUAA